CGGGUGUGAGCUAGCUAGCGCGCUGCGGUUCCGGUUCCGGUUCGGACUCCUGGGCCCAGCGGUACGCAGCCAUGGCGUACUCCACGGUGCAGAGAGUGGCGCUGGCCUCGGGGCUCGUCCUGGCCCUGUCGCUGCUGCUGCCCAAGGCCUUCUUGUCUCGCGGGAAGCGGCCGGAGCCGCCACCGGGCCCGGAAGGAAAAUUGGGCCGAUUUCCACCUAUGAUGCAUCACCACUCAGCACCCUCAGAUGGUCAGACACCAGGGGCUCGUUUCCAGAGGUCUCACCUUGCAGAGGCCUUUGCAAAGGCCAAGGGAGCAGGUGGAGGUGCUGGAGGAGGGGGUAGUGGAAGAGGACUGAUGGGCCAGAUCAUUCCAGUCUAUGGCUUUGGGAUCUUUUUGUACAUACUGUACAUUUUGUUUAAGCUUUCAAAGGGGAAAACUGCAGAGGAUCGGAACUGCUCCAGUGCCCCACCUGGAAACACCCACAGGAAGAUUACCAACUUUGAGCUUGUUCAACUACAAGAAAAACUAAAAGAGACAGAGGAAGCCAUGGAAAAAUUAAUCAACAGAGUGGGACCUAAUGGUGAGAGCAGAGCACAGACUGUGACUUCUGACCAAGAGAAACGAUUACUGCAUCAGCUCCGAGAAAUCACCAGGGUCAUGAAAGAAGGCAAGUUCAUUGACACAUCUCCAGAGAAGGAAGCUGAGGAAGCCCCAUACAUGGAGGACUGGGAAGGUUACCCAGAAGAGACUUAUCCAAUCUAUGACCUUUCGGAUGGUAUCAAGCGUAGGCAAGAAACAAUCCUGGUGGAUUACCCUGAUCCAAAAGAGCCCUCUGCUGAAGAAAUAGCUGAACAAAUGGGAGAGUUAGAAGAGGAAGGAUCAGAGGAUUUGAGCUGGGAUCGUUUGCCCACUGACCCUGGAACCCAGAAAGAUAAUUGUGUUACCCUGUGUGACCCUAAACCAGAAUCGUGCUCCUGCUGUUCUCAUGAAGAGGAGGAUCCUGCUGUCUUGGCAGAGAAUGCUGGUUUCAGUGCAGAUGGCUACAGUGAGCAAGAGGAAGCCACCAAGGAAAACUUGCCCCAAGACUUUACAAAUGAAGGGCUGGGGGUCACCACUGAUAGCACACACACGGGUGGCAUGUUGAGGAGGCGCAGCCCCCAGGGUUUUGAGUGAAAGCGGCCUGCUUGGGAAAAGCCUAAAACACUUUCUAGUAUCAAGAACACAGGACAUUCCUUCACUUCAAAGGGUACCACUUUCCUUGGGGAUUGACCAGGAAUCAUGUCCACCUUACAGGACUGUUUGUGAAGUAUCUGCUCCAGAAUGAAGUGUGCAAUGGUAGGUGCUUAGCACCAUCACUGUCUUGAAUCUCAUGCUGCUGGACUACCCAACUAGCUACCCUCUCUAUGGCUACUGUGCAUGCCAAGAAUGGUCCAGAGUCACUCUGGGGUUUGUGUGACUUUAUGAUGACUCCCUUUAAGAACAACUAUCAUCAUGUUGGCUUCAAAUCCACCACAGACUGAGAAAAGUUCCUACUAUGUAAGAGUCCUGUUUAAAUAGACCCAGCUCCAAGCAAGGCCUGCAGUCACAUGGCUGGGCCUUUCCCACCCUUAAGUACUACAGCCCAGUUCUGACUACAUGGGCUGUGCCCACCAAGCAAACUUAAGAACUGUCAGCCAGUUCCUUAAGUGACCAGAUGAUCAGGAGGUGUCUUCUAUCCCUAUUUUCUCAUGCUGUACUGUGGCACCACAGGAGAGGCAGUGUUGAUCUGCAUGUCACUGGUUUGAAACCCUCUGGGCCCUCUCUGUUGCUCUUACCCACCUGACCCUUUGACGCGCUUAGAAAGGAAUGGAAUGGAGAACAUUUUAGGGGAGACAUGCUUUCUUUUUCUCUAUGAAAAACAAGGACACAGCAGUCAAACAUUUCAAGUUUAAUUUGUUGAUACAUGUCUGUACUUAGACAAACACUAAAUUCUACAACAUACAUAAUGUCAUUAUGGGAAAAUACCAAGUUUGUCAUUGCACAUACCAAUAAAUAAAUUCAUUUGCUUCAGAA